GCACACAGAGCAGUCAGUCCACGUUUGGCUCCCGGCUGCUGAGCACAUGAUUGUACUGCGCUUUAUCAUCCCGAGCUAGAGAUAUAUAUGUAUAUAAGUGUGUGUGUGUGUGUGUAUGGGGGAGGCUGUGCUGCCGCGUGUGAGUCUAAUGUAAGGAGAGAGGAGACAGGGUUAAAGCCAGAACACUAGGGGGAACGGGGUGGGGGCUGCCAGCUGAGAACUGUUAAAGCCCCAAGCAAAGCCAAUUGUCAGUCGGAGUGAGAUGCAGGGCAAAUGGACUUGGACCGGCGGCAAAGGAGGAGCAAAGUGACCGGUGUGAGAGGUCUAAACAUGCUCCCAAGAGCCAAUAUGGGAUGCUGUGCACGUGGACCCUUGUCUCCUCCUUCUGUAGACAAGGACUGUCUGCAGAUUCACUCACACAGGCAAUGGCAUGGGGACACCGUUGACACUCAUGAUUGUGCCUCAUGCCCAGCACCUCCCUCUUAUCCAGGAGAAAAGUGGACCAGACAACAAGACCUUCUCACAGUCUCCUAUUUCUCCUGGGGAGGAAACGCACCUAUGGGAAGACUUGCAACCAUUCUGCAUCCAUCACCCAGCCUUUCACAAAUGUUCCUAUUCCUUCUGAUGCUUCUGUGCUGGCAGAGAUGUGCAGCUGGAAAUCUAAACUUCUUUCCAGAAGACACCAUCAAUGCCAACAUGUCUGUGGGAAAUCUGGGUACUGAUGAGUUGAGUGUGAUGAAAAAAGAAACUCCAUCACUUUCCUAUAUCCAUGGGGGUAAUGCAUUGACUGAAGGAGACCCAUUGUUUGCUCCAAGAUACAACAUGACUCUGCAGAAAAAGGGGAAGCUAUGGUCAUGUGACAGUCUUCUUAAGCUCACUAAACAUAUUCUAUUAACUAUGUUGGGGCCAAGCUUGGCAUUUGAAGUCUUCCCAUAUCAGCACUGUAACCAGGAAUUAAAGCCACGGGAGAUACUUAUUAGUCCAUUGAAGCUUCUACAUGCGCAUGUGAAACCACUUCUACUUCACAGAGUUUUGACAUUCCUGGGGGAGCUUGGAUUUUUGGUCGAAUCCCAACAAGCUAAAGCCCUGUCGGUGCUGAAAAAGCAGAUCUUCAAAACAGGAAAACCAAUGAAGGCGUCUGGAGUAAUGCCAAUGGACAAUUGCCCAGAUAAGAAACCACAUCUGAUCCCUUGGCACCCAGGACAUGAUGGAAGGAGAUCAGCUGUUAUCGGUCUUGGUGUUGCCCUGCGAUUGGAGUCAUCAGCCACUUUCCACUCACUGCUCAUUCAGAAUGGAGGAACUUUAGUGUUUGCAGAUGACCUAGUGCCAAUUACUUUAAGGGCACAGUAUAUUUUAAUCAGAAAUGGCGGAGCUCUUCACAUUGGCUCAGAAAAGUGUCCGUACAGAUCCAAUGCUACCAUCUCUCUUUAUGGGAAGUCUACAGACAGCGAAGAUGUAGAAGACUUUGGAAAGAAGUUCUUAGGAGUAAACUCAGGAGGGAUUUUGGAAUUACAUGGAAGAAAACCAUUAUCCUGGACUUUGUUAGAUGCAACCUUGCAUCCAGGAGGGCUUCCCCAUGGACCAUAUAAGUGGGAGAAGCACUGGGGCAGCCGGGGCAUUAACAUACGAAUCAUUGACCCUGAAACUGGUCAGGUGCUAGCUGCUGAUCGCUUUGACACCCAUAUGUUUCUGGAUGAAGGGAAAAGGCUGGAGGAAUUCAUUUCUCAACAGAGUCAAGGCAAGAUAGUGGCAGCAGCAGUUGGUGACUCAGCAGCCAAGAGUUUAACCCCUGACACAAGAAAAUUCCUAAGAGAAGCUUUGAACAGCAGAUAUAUCUUUCACUUAGGCUACAGGCAGCCCUGGGCUUUAGUUGGGGUGCUUGGAGAAAGUCCAUUGACGGUAGCAGAGGACAGAAAGCAAUAUGAGAGCAAUGGGACCACUGGUCUUGCAACUGCCACAAGGGAAUUCCAGACAUAUUCAGGGCUGUACUUCACUGUAACUGCUUACAGCGGCUGGAUUAAAGGAGUUCCGCAGAAUGGAUUCAGAGUGGCAGUGUCUAGGGGCAUCAUACUCACAUUACUGGAUGAUGUUACAAGUUGGUUGCCUGGUAACAGAAUAGUCGUUGCUAGUACUGAUUACUCCAUGCACCAGACUGAAGAAUUCACCCUGCUUCCCUGCCCAGAAUGCAGAAGUAAUCAAGUCAAAAUUGGCGGUAUCCCACUUUAUAUGCAUAUUGGGGAAGUUAUUGAUGGAAUUGACAUGAGAGCAGAAGUCGGGCUUCUUACAAGAAAUAUUCUUAUACAUGGUGAAAUGGAAGAUUCAUGUUAUGGGCAAAACCAGUGUCAGUUUUUCAAUUAUGACACCUUUGGAGGACAAGUCAAGAUUCAAGGAAGAUUUGCAUCCGUUCAUCUGUCUGGAGUGGAACUAAAGAACAUGGGACAGCAAAUUUUGGGCAGUUACCCAGUCCAUUUCCACAUGACCGGAACUGUAGAUGAGGAAGGAGGCUAUAACCCUCCAACAUAUGUGGACAAUCUUUCGAUCCACCACUGUUUCUCGAGAUGUGUGGUGAUUCAUGGGACCCAUGGACUUCUGGUGAAAGACACAAUUGGCUAUGACACAUUGGGGCACUGUUUCUUCCUUGAGGAUGGUGUUGAACAAAGAAAUACAUUUUAUCACAACCUAGGAUUGCUAACAAAGGCGGGGACCAUCUUGCCCACAGACCGAAAUGAAGCCAUGUGUCUUGCUAUUCGAGAUUCUAUCUAUGGAGAUUAUAUUCCUGUGCCGAGCACUGACUGUAUGGCUGUCAGCACUUUCUGGAUUGCAAACCCUAAUAACAAUUUAAUAGGAAAUGCUGCAGGUGGAGCACAGGAUGUCGGCAUAUGGUUCAUAUUCCAUCGAGUUCCCUCUGGCCUUUGUGAGGGACAGUAUCCUGAAGGACAUUCAGAGUUUACCCCAUUGGGGGUAUUUUACAACAACAGGGUACACUCCAACUUUAAGGCUGGAUUAUUCAUUGGCAAGGGAGUCAAAACCACAUUUGCAAAUGCUGAGAAUCCAAGGGAAUAUUUGACAGUAGAUAAUGCCAGGUUUCGUCCUCACCAAGACUCCGAUCCGGCCAAGCCUCGAGUACCAGCUGUUAUUGAUGGCCUUAUAGCUUUCAAAAACAAUGACCAUGGUGCAUGGGCUAGAGGAGGGGACAUUAUUUUCCGUAACUCAGGGUUUUCUGAUAAUGGCAUUGGACUAACUUUAGCCAGUGAUGGAACAUUUCCUACUGACGAAGGCUCCAGCUUGGAGAUCACAGACUCCAUAUUUGUGGGCGAGAGCGAGAAUGUGGGAUCACAAGGUGGACAGAACAUCUACUGGGGACGUGGAGGAUUGGGGGAGCAGCGAUCACUCCCAAGGAACAAGACAUUCCCAGUUCGUGGUUUCCAAAUAUAUGAUGGACCUGUCAGGCUCCUGAAGUGCACUUUCAAGAAAUUUCUCUCUACUCUGGACAGACCUGUGAGCGCUAUUGGGUUCUCCUUGAAAAAUUCUUGGCAGAUAACUCCACAGAACAAUGUGUCCCUGGUCAGGAUGGAGAGGAAUGUUGGGCUGAAGGUAUUUUUUGGUCAUUCUGGACAAUGGUUUGGCUCAAAUAACUUUGAUGGUGAUAAAGUCUCGAUCUUCCAUGACUUGGAUGGUUCAGUUACUGGAUAUCCUGAUACCUUUGUAGGAAGGGCAGAUAAUUAUCUGAUCCGUCACCCUGGAUGCCUCACUGUGCCACGAUGGAAUGGAGUGAUUUGUUCAGGCAGAUAUGCCCAGCUUUACAUCCAGACAAGACGCCCUGAGAAUCUGAACAUUUUGGUCUCGAGAGCGACGUAUCCCUCUGUUCCUUUAAAACUUUCUGGCGUUAAUCGGGGUGCACCAUAUCAACAGUACCAACCAGUGGUCAUGCUGCAGCAAUCCUAUAUUAUCAGAUGGGAAGGUCAGUCUCCUAGAGAGGUCAUCCUACACCCGAUCAACUUUAACAGGGGAGACUGGAUUCAGAUUGCCUUGUGUUAUCCCAGAAGUGCACAGUUCCAGGUCAUGUCAGAUGUAUAUGAACGUCACAGUGGAAGAAUACACAGCGUGCGACAUUAUUCUUUGGCUUAUUCCAGCAGCCAGGUUCUAAAUCAGUCAGAAACAAGACACUUUUACUUCAGUCAAGAAACUGGGUACUUGUUUAUUCACUUACAGGCCCACUCAGUCCGCAAUGGGCACAGCUAUUGUUCUCAGCAUGGCUGUGAGCGAAUUAAGAUAGUGUCUAACUUUGAACCAGAGGAUUCCAGUGAAUGUAUCCAGAACCCAUUUCCUAAAAGAGACAGUUAUACCCAUACUCACCGACUCUUUGCAUCCCAUAGACUUGCCCUGCCGUGCAGCGAAUGUGGUGCUCCACAGGUAGCUAUAACCAGCAAUCCCUCUAUGAAAUAUACAAAAAUACAGAUCCAGUCCCUCCGUAUGGCAGAUAAUGUAAAUGGACUGAAAGCUGCAUUUAUCAAGGUUGAUGAGGACAUUUUUUUGUUCAAGCGAAAGGGGCUUUUCUUCUUGGUGUUAGAUGCCUGCUCUGGAGCUGUUGUAAGCAAGAGGCAAUUUGAAAUGAUCAAUGAUCUAAAGACUACUAAAGCUAUUGCCAGUUACAUUCAGACCUCAAUGAAACUAAGAUCAGUCAUUCUUAUUUGCUCCAGGGACAUUGUGGAGACUCCUCCGAGUUCUGAAAUGUCUGUUUUCACUAAAAUCGGCUCAGCUAAACCAGUUGCACUUCCAAAGAAAGGCAGUUUUGCUAUGGUAGGAUACAAAGGGCUUUCCACUCCAUCCUGGAUUAAAAUAAUUAAUAACAGCGCCGAUACAAAAACUGCAUCGAUUCAUCUUUAUCUUCCACUGAUGUUGACUGAAUACAGAUGCCCAGCCCCAAAACCUUAGCGUCUGAUGCCUAACCGAUCAGUUUUCAUAUCAAACCCGAGUGGUCAGCAAUAAGAAAUUGGACUCCUGUUUGCAAUUGCCCCUCUUUCAGAGAAUGACUUAGCAUUUGGGUACAGAACCAUAACCUAAGUUCAUGACCUAUUGACAGAACUUUUUUUUUUAAUUGUUUAAAAAAUUUUCCCAUCUCUUUGUACACUGCAGUUAAUAAAUGAUUUGUCUGUUUAAUCUGUUAUAUUGCCUAGUCUGAAAACCUGCACUUGGAGAUUGUAGCUGGUUGCAUCUGCCACAUAUGGGUUGAACAAAGAAAUAACAAUGUGACAUUAUAUGUAGCUUGAUGUGAAACAUCCGCAGCAGGGGUGAAAUGUUCUAUAUACAGUAAGAGCUGUCCAAAUUUAUACAUGUAGGGACUAUUAUUUCUCAUAUAGCAUGUUCAAUGUCCUGAUUAAAUUAAAAUGAUGAUGUAAUACAUUGAAGUUUAUGGCGCUUUGAGCAGUCUGGGGGCCAUAAAAAUCCUUUGGAUGGUCACAUCUUGCCAGUUGUUCAUAUCAUGUCAGUCCAACACCUAAAGGUAAGUUAAUCCUAUAUAACUGCUUCCUGUUUGGUCUCAUCACAUGCAGUGGACACUGAUUGAUACCUGCUCUUUGUACCAUAUUUGUUACCAUACUAAUGCACAUUAUUUGCACUGCAGCUACUAAUUUUAUUUUGCUUUUUAUCAUUGAUUACUUUGACUAUUUUUCAUAGUUUCAGGAAGGUCUGUCAGGAGGAAAACUUCCUCUCCAUUCUCAUGCAGUAAGGUCACUCUGGCCAUUAUCUAUCUCUGUUUAUGGGCCUCCAGCUGCAGUUAAAGGCAGUCUGCAACUCCCUGAAUCCUUCAACAGCCACCAGUUGCUGGAAGUUGUACCGAUAUAGUUGGAGACCCACAGGUUAACUUUUUCUGAACUAGAAAUGUUUUAUUUUGCAUAAGAUACAUUGUUCUCAUAAAAAUAUAUAUUUAAGCAUAGUAAGGGGAUCUCCUCCCAAAAACUUUUUUAGCAUAAUGAAAGAAAAUGCAAUCUGAAGCAACUUUUCAGUAUGCAUUUAUUACAAAUUUCCAGUGGUUUCAAAGUUAUUUGUAAAUUGCUGAAAGCAGCGUCUGUCUGGCUUUUUAUAUUCUCGGCACUAAUUAUGACUCCUGAAAUGAUGUAGCAGAAGGCAGCUGAUGGACUUGGAGAUGUAACUUUUGCUACAUUGUUUCAAGGAAGAGAUAACCAUUGCUUUCAAUUAUAUCUACAAUAAACCUCAGUACCAUGCAAAGAUUUGUAUUUAUAUAAAUCGGAAAGUUGCUUUAAUAACAUUUUAUUUCAUUUUUACACCGUUCGGAAGGAGAUAACCAUUAUGAUCUCUUUUGCUCCACUAGUUAUUUUACUUCUUCUUGUCUUUGCUAAAGUGGUAUAAACCUAGAGACUUUUAGAUGGAUAGUAUCAUUGUUUGCACUGUAAUAUUCUAUAUAAUCUGUAGUUCUCUGCAGUUCUGGCCAGGGGCAGAAGGAGCGUUGGCUCAAGAGGUUCAAUUGUACGGAACUGGUGCACAAAGCAGAUCCGUUUCCGAUUUGCAUGUUAGCCAGUGGAGAGGAAACAAGGGAUGUUUUGUCACUUGCUGUAGCCGAGAUUAAUUGCAAAUGACAAAAUGUCCCCUGUGUUUUUGCUCUUAAGUAAUACAUUUGAACAUGCUGAUUGUAGUGGGACCAAGAGUUGAUGAACUGGGAAAUGCUGCACAUAUCAGCUUUGUAUCAAAGCCCAGUGUCCUGAUAUCAACCUUAUCUCAGGAACCAUUUGGCCAAGUCAAGCUCCUCAGGUAUUCCAGUUUGAAUUUUAUCUGCUUAUUUUAAAUUCAAAUAUAGUAUUUGUUUUUCAGAGUCUCUCACAUUCUUGUUUGGGGAUUAUCACACUGAACUGCUCUCUGUCUGUUCAUGCAGCUUUUUGCCAAUUCUAAUAACUAGUCAGCGUUAUUACAUGUGUUCGAUAUCAUGUUUCAUCUGUGGUUGAGAUACAUACUUGAGGUAUUAACUCACCAUGACAGACUUGAGUAAAGUGUGGUGUUUAAUGUGCUAUCUGGCAUGAGGAUAUUGGCAGCUGCUGUAUACCAACAGAUCACCUAUGGAACCAUGCAGAGGGUGAGGGAGGACACAGGAGGAGUUUUUGCAUGUGAUUGGCUGUGACGUUAAUUGCACAGGGAAAUAAAGCUGCCUGAGAGGCAUAUUUCUGUCCCAGUCCAGAGAUUAAGCCUAGUGGUAUGGUAAGGACAGCACCAUAGAUAGAGGUGGUCUAAGGCAUUGGCUAAGGCAUAGUGAGCUCAGUGAUAGUAUAGGGAGCACUUGCAGAGCAUCAGUACAGUCAGCCAGCUGAUAACACACACAUAACUGGGAUCCCAGCUUGACAUUCACUAGAUACUCCAUUGGCUUUCACUGGACAUCCAUGUAUGGCAGAGUGUUCCCCUGAACCCUGCACAGGUAUGCUAUGCACUGCACUGUCUUCUCUCACUGUUCUCUCUUGUAUAUAAAAAGGAGCUGUACUGUUUGCUUUAUUGCAUUCCUGCUAUUUACUGGAGCUUGCCAGGGCCAGAAUACUGCUUUUUUUCUGUGCUGAUUUGAUUUAUGCAUUUUGUAAAAAGCAGCAAUAAUUUUUCCUUUAGCCGUCACAUUCUGUCACUGUAAGAAAAACAGACUUUUCUCUCUUGCACUUCUAUUAAUGAUUAAGAGCAGUGUUGAAGGGCUAGGUGGGGCAUCAGUCACAUUGUACAAGUUGUGAAGCUACUGGCUUCUUUUUUCUUUUUGAUUCUGUCAAGACUUAUUAGUAAAACAAGUGCUAAAAUGCUUGGAAUAUAGGGCUGAAAGGGCAUUGGCCCCAGUAUUUGAGGUGCUUAAAAGCACACAUUCUGUAACUUACUUUUGUUGGAUAUUUUCUUGAUGUUAAUGUAUACAUAUAUCAGGCAUAUCAAACCUGUCCAGUUGCAAUUCCCAGCCAUAAGGGUGUCAGGCAGAUGAUGGAACUUGGUGCUAGAGGGUCACAAGUUGGACAUCCUAAAGUUUCAUGCAUUUCCCUUAGGCUGGAAAUGUUACUGCAUAUUGUUACAUUAUAUUUAAAUAUUGAGCAUUAGUAUGCCUUUCCAUUAGUGGUAUAAUUUAAGGUUGUGCCAAUUCUUUUCCCUACAUAAUACAUCAUAAGCUAUGAUGCCGAUUAUGACACUUGGGACAAUAAUGAUUGUUAACCCUCUAGUAAGUAGGGUAUUUGGCGCUUCCAGGGUUAUGCAGGGAUGUGAAUUUUCCUGUCGCUUUGGGGUGUCCUGUUUAUUUGUACUUUUUUGUGGUUGUCCUGUAUCCACUUGACAAUCACACUUUGCACUCAAACUCAAAAAAGAGAGAAAGAGCACAGCUCGAUUUUCUUUUUAGUCCAUUAAAAGAAUACACUCUAUUGCAUAUUUAUAGAUAUUUCUAUAUAUUUUUUCAGAGUUGUGCUCUUUCUCUCUUUUAAAGUGUUUGUUUCAGAUGCAUACAAGAGCCCAGAACAGGCCUAAGGACAAGCAGUUAAGAAAACCUGGGCUUUAAAUAUAUUGUAAAGCGCAAGGAUGUCAUAUGAGGGGCCCUCCAGUUGUUACGUACAGAGACUACAGCCAGUGACUGAGAAUGCUAAAUGUUGUAUUCCUUUGUAGUUCAACUAAUGUAAUACAACUCCCUGGUCGUAAAUCAGACUUUUUCCAUUUAUACAACUAAGGAGAAAUUCACAAUUGUGAUUUAAGUAGCACUUGAUCACCUACUUGCAGUGCACAUCCUUUAUUUCCAAAAUAUAUACAGGAUUGGGACCUGUUAUCCAGAAUGCUCAGGACCUGGGCUUUUCCAGAUAA